AUGGAGCAAAACUUUUCACAGCUAACAUGCCCAGGUUGCAAGAACAGAGAAGCCGGAGAACUCUCCCGGCCCAUCAACUGCGCAGCAAGGAUAAAGUGGUGGAAAUUAGGAGAGCACAAGAAUGUGUUAAGGGAGAAGCUGACGCACCUGUUGUACCCACUCAGCUCCCUGCCCCUCGAUGAGUUAUGGAGCUCCACGCAACAAACAAUCGUUGAAUGCGCGUCUGAUGUGCUCGGCUGUUCCAAAAAAGGCGGGAAGGCCAUCGAUAAACAAACAUGGUGGUUUGGUACUGAUGUUCAGAAGAUUAUAGCGGAAAAGAAAAAAGCUCUUAAGAAGUGGUUUGCAACGAAGGAUCCCGGGGAUCUACUUCUUUAUAAGGAAGCAAAACGAAAAGCAAAGGCUGCUGUCGCCACCGCAAAGGAAGCUCACUACAGGAGCCUUUACGAGGAAUUGAAUUCCGCCGAGGGAGAAAAGAUGUACCCUCGGCCGCACGACAGGCAUUGGAAAUGGAGUGCAGCAAGAAAAGUCGACUGUGGUGGAGAAUGGAGGCAAUCUACGGCCAGUCCUGGACCAAAGAAAAUGCCAUAG